AUGUUCGACCCAUCACCACCCCCAACCGAAGGCUGCCCCUUCUGCGCCAUCGCAACAACUCACAAACCCUACGACCCAAUCCACCCGCCCACCUCAAUAGACCCCGACCUCACCUCGCCAUCGUCCUUCAUCGUGCUCUCGACGCCCCUCCUCAUCGCUUUCCUCGACAUCAUGCCCCUUUCAAAGGGCCAUCUGCUGCUCUGUCCGCGCGCCCACCGACCCAAACUCACCGACGCAUCGCGCCAAGAAUCCCUCGAGCUCGGAAACCACGUGCGCAUUCUCUCUGCUGCGCUGGCCCGCGCCACAGGCGUAGACGACUGGAACGUCGUGCAGAACAAUGGCGCUGCGGCGGCCCAGGUCGUUCCCCAUAUGCACUACCAUGUUAUUCCGCGGCCGGAGAUUCGCGCGAGCGGCAAGCUGAGCGAGAGUUUUACCAUGUUUGGCAGGGGCCAGAGGGCUGAGCUGGAUGACGAUGAGGCGGCGGCUUUGGCGGGCGAUAUACGGAGGGAGGUUGCGAAUGUGUUGAGGGAGGAGCGUGGGAGGGAGACGACGAAAGCCAAGUUAUAG